AUGGCGGAGAGCGACCCCCAAAGCGCCAGGGAGCUCUCCCGGUUUGCAGAAAAUCUACUACAACAGGUACAUGAAAACUUUCAGGCGUUGGCUGACAAAUUAGCUCUACGAAUGGAAGACAUGGGUGAGCGUAUAGAUGAUCUUGAGAAACACGUUAAUGGACUAGUGGCUCCAGCUGGUAUAGAAAAUGCCAAUGAAGAACUAACGCACUGA